AUGAAAGUCACCCUUCUCCUCCUCGCGACGCUGCUUCUGACGGCCUCCGCGCGCACGAUCAACGUGGUAGGCGAAGGCAGCGCCAGCGCCGUCCCGGACCUAGCCACGAUAGAUGCGGGCGUGACGACGACGGCUACUACUGCAGCAGCCGCGCUGUCGGAGAAUAGCCGCAAGUUUUCGCGCGUGGUCGCCGCCCUGAAGGAGCGAGGCAUCGCGGACACAGACGUGCAGACGUCAUCCUUCGACGUGUUCCAGGACACUCGCGGGCGUCGGGAGAACAGGACGCGCGUGUACACCGUGUCCAACUCUAUCUCGAUCAAGGUGCGCGAUGUGGAUGCCGUCGGCGGGGUGCUCGACGCGCUGGUGCUCGCCGGGAGUAACGAGAUUAAUGGGGUCACGUUCGGGUUGGAGGACUCACAGAUGACGAAGGACAAGGCCAGGAGGCUCGCCGUGGCCGACGCGAAGAGGAAGGCAAUGUUGUUCGCAGAGAACGCCGGCGUGGAGCUGGGGAAGGUGCUCGCGAUUAGCGAAACUGCGAUACAGGCGCCGCGGGAGAAUCAAUUCGUGGGUGCGUUGGCGUUUGGACCCCCGGAUGAUACGUUCGUGUCGGGCGGAGAGCUCGAUGUUCAGGUGAAGGUGUUUGUGCUGUUUGAUAUUGCGGAGUAG